AUGAGCGGCCUUUCACACGCACGCGACUUCUUCGGGGCCCCGUCAAUACUGACUGGACAACACCUAAAAGUCUACCAGAUAUUGUUCGGAAGACAAACUAAAGGGGAAGUCAACGUUUGGAAGGCAGCCCAUCAGGAUCAAGAUAGAGUACCAAAGUAUAUAAUUUUCAGAAUUGUGGAACGCUCCUUUACAAAUCCAAUUUCCACAUCUCUUCGGCAUGUGACCUGUGACUACGUCGGGCCGCCUACUAUUGUUGACGACGGGAUAGCCUACUCUACACUCAUGACUGGCUAUCGCGAAAAAGCCACAGGAUUUCAACACGUUGAUUUUUUGUGCGGAUGGGGAGCAGGAUGUGUCGAAACCUGUAUGCUCUUUCCUUCAAACAAAAUAAUAUUCCGACAGCAGUUGCAUGGCUUUUCAGCCAGGUUGGCAUGGUCUCAAGUGAAAUCAGAAGGAAUUCGCAGGCUUUACCGUGGACUCCUUCCACCUCUGAUCAUGAGGACCUCUUCACGUGCCCUAAUGUUUGGUCUCUACGAUGAGUUUCAAUCUUUCUUGACCUGCCCUCACUCUCCACCAAACACAUCGUUCAGCAUUUGUCACGCUCAAGCAGCAUUUUUCGGCAAGGUUUUCUUCAAUAAUUAUUUUUUCAUUUCUGAUACCACUAGUAUAGUAGUGUGUACUGGUCUCUCAGAUGAUUCUGGAAUUUGUGAAGCAGCUCUCUGUCCACUGGAAAGAGUUCAAGUGCUUCUUCAAACUUCAGCGUACCACGAUCACUUCAAGAAUACUGGGCAAACUUUGCGGGCCUUGAGGGCUCACGGAUAUCGAGAGUAUUAUAGAGGAGUUUCCGUUGUACUCGCAAGGAAUAGUUUAUCGAAUGCACUUUUCUUCACCCUCAAGGAGCCAUUCAAGAAAACGGUCGUUGACGCUAGACCAUUUCGAAACCAAACUGCCACACAGCUAGUUGCUGAUUUCAUGUCCGGUGCAAUUUUAGGCGCAUCGAUUUCGACCAUAUUUUUUCCUAUGAAUGUCGUUAAAAACCACAUGCAAAGUAAGGUUGGUGUCGCGUUUCAAAACCCAUUUUCUGUCUUUCGUGAAGUUUGGCAGGAACGCCAGAGGUCUAUCAGAAUGCUGUAUCUUGGGGUCCAUCUCAACUUCACUCGAUCUUUACUGGCUUGGGGUAUUACGAACACCGUAUACGAGCUGUUGCGUCGAACACUGAAACCGUACGAGAGCAAUGCUUGA